AUGUUUGGAAUGAGGAUGCUUUUAAACAGCCUCAGUUUACUUAUAGAUGUUAUACGCUUUACAAAUUUAGCGGUUUUGAUCUUAAUUGGAUCACAGGGUACAGGUUACGCCAAUGAAUAUUAUACUGUGAUUGCAACACUUGGAAGAUCGUUGACGUGUAUCAUUGUCCUACUAAGUAUCGUCAACCACUGUGAACGCGUUUAUAGGCAGCAGGAAAGGAUAAUCCGCCUACUAGAUAACCUGAUCAUUAAUAAAAAUCUCGAUGAAACGUUGUCAACAGCUUUCAGUGAUUUUCGGAGUCUGGUACAGUCACGCUCAAUUAAUUUUCAUAUGGCCAAUUAUAUUCGCAUCGAAUACCCACUGCUAGUAUCCAUGACAUCCGCUGUUGUCACUUAUACUAUUAUACUGUUACAGAGUUCU